CUGCUGCUGCUGCUCCCUUCCCCCCCCGCCUUCCCUCCGCCCCCCGCCCCAGCCCCCUCGGAUGUCGCUGCCGCCGCCGCCGCUCAGUGCGCGCAGGGCGAGAGCCGCGAGGAGACGGGGGAGCGGCGCGGCCGAGCACCGUUGAAUAAAAGCUCUGCAAGUCUGCAAUAAAAAUGGCCUCCAAUAAAACUACAUUGCACAAAAUGGGAAAAAAACAAAAUGGCAAAGGUAAAAAAGUUGAAGAGGCAGAGCCUGAAGAAUUUGUUGUGGAGAAAGUCCUGGACAGACGUGUUGUGAAUGGAAAGGUGGAAUACUACUUGAAAUGGAAAGGAUUUACAGAUGCUGACAACACGUGGGAACCCGAAGAAAACUUAGAUUGUCCAGAGCUAAUUGAAGCUUUUCUGAACUCUCAGAAAGCUGGUAAAGAAAAAACAGAUGGUGCCAAAAGGAAAUCUUUGUCAGAUAGCGAAUCUGAUGAUAGUAAAUCAAAGAAAAAACGUGAUUCUGUUGAUAAGCCAAGAGGGUUUGCGAGGGGUCUUGAUCCUGAGCGGAUAAUUGGGGCUACGGAUAGCAGCGGAGAGCUUAUGUUCCUCAUGAAAUGGAAAGACUCUGAUGAGGCAGAUCUGGUGCUGGCCAAAGAAGCUAACGUGAAGUGUCCUCAGAUUGUAAUUGCUUUUUAUGAAGAGCGACUAACUUGGCAUUCGUGCCCAGAAGAUGAAGCACAAUAAUUGUUUGCAUUGCUUUUUUUAUAUAUAUGAAUAUUAAAACCUGAAAUUUGAUUUAUUAGCAAUGUGAGAAGCAUACAUUCUAACAAGAUUCAAAUUUGAUAUUUUUUUGAAGUAGUGUGUUUUGCAUCAACAGCAAGUAAAUAAAAGCUUUCUGCAACUUGUUUCAUUUAUCACGAGAGAGCAUUUGAUACUACUACUUCCUCCAUACUAGGUAAAAGCUUUUAUAAAACAUUCAUAAACUUCCAUAGUUACUAUCGAAUCAUAAUGAAUGUCUAAACAAAGUCACAGAUGUUUUGUAGUCUUCUAUACUAUUGAUGUGCAUGUAUCUUCUUUACCCAAACCUAGCCCUUAAAACCUGUAGAAUCAUUCUUUUUAGUACUUGGGAUCACUUGGUCCCAAGAAGACCAGGUGAAAACUAACUUUGUAGUAAUUUGAAUGUUAUCAGACUGUAUAUUGUUUACUUUAUUGUAAAUACUGGUGAACAGUGGUCAAUAAAAUAGUUUUAUAUUCUUCCUUUAUACUGA